AUAACAAAGAGGUUUGAAAGUACAUUCGAUCUUCGUAAUUCUGCAGGCUUUACCAGCUUUUCAAAACGGAAGUAGUUACAAUUUAUUACAUUAUGUUUAAUGUUAUGAAUACGAGCUGUCCAUACGAGGACUGGAAGUCUGAAGCAAACAUUCGCUGUCCCAACCCAGGUCAUUACCACUGUGUCAAAGACGAAUAUGAUAGGAUCGGAUGGGUGUGUACACAACCGAUAUGGGUUGAAAAAGAUAGAUGCCCCGUUUUUAACAUUGGUGCCAAUAAACUGGAUACCACGUCUUGUUUCCAAACAAAAUGUCCGCCUUACAACUAUCGAUCAAAUGAUAUUGAUGUUGAAUACGCCUGCAGAUACACCAAUAUUUAUUUAAGUCCUACAACAACGUUGCCAUUUACAACCCAGUCUGGUUCCAAUGAGACGACCAAUAACAACACAUUUACCAUCAUCGCUAUCGUUCUUCCAGUUCUAGUACUGGUAGGCGUUUUGGCUGUCAUCGUGGUGCUACAUAAACGUAAAUGUUUAUGUUGCCAAAAACGGUCAAAAGAUAACGACAAUGGACAGGAAGAAUCUUUUGUUCUUAUUGGUGAUCCAUCAAACAAAGGAGGAAAACCAACCGAGGCAAAAGAACCAAUGCUGUCCUUUAACCAGGCUAAGGAGUUCUUAAGCAAGAAUAGAAAAGUAUUAAUCACUGGAGUUCAGGGUUCUGGUAAAACAUUUUUAGCGAAAUCUUUACUUAACGAUCUUGAGAAAGGAAGCAAAUUAAAAAGCAUUUGGUUUUGCAAUAUCAGGGAACUGAACCGAAGUGAGUUAAAAGUAGAAGCAGAUAUCUGUGUUUUUGACGGAUUAUUUUACGAGCUACAAGAAGAACGAAAAUUCAAAGACACAAUGCAAUAUUUAAAAAAAAUCAUAAAUAGAAAUCAAACAUCUUAUCUUAUUCUCACCUGUCCAUCAUAUAUCUGGAUAAGAUAUAGUAGUUUGAAUGAUCUAGAGGCGAUGUUAAGUGCUGUUCGUGUGGAUCUAGACAAAAUAAGCAAAAGUGAGAAACGAGAAGUCAUAACGUCUCUCAUGAAACGAUACAAUGUAACAGGAAAAGAAGCAGAAAAAAUUUGUAAAUUAGAAGGUGUUUUCCUUAAACAUGUCUCUACAUGUAUUGGUUUUCCUGCAUUGAUUUCUUUGGUAUGCAAAAUAUCAAGCAAGGAGAGUGUUGACGAGCUCCUGAGAAAUCCACUGCAGUCGAUAACUAAGAAAAUUGCCACGUUAAAAAACGCUUCAAAAGAAGAAGAAAGGGCAAAAUAUUUAAUACUAGCGUAUAUGAGUUGUAAGGGUGGAAGGAUGAACAUUAAUGAUAUUGAUUCGGAACUGUUUGAUGCUCUUAAGAAAAGAUAUGGCCCAGGAUUCGAGGACCGAAACCUAAAAGAACAUGCAGGAAAUAUGAAAGAAUAUUUACUUGAGAACAAAGCGGGUAACUAUGAGUUUGAUUUAAACAACACGAAGAAAAUUGUACUUGUAAGUGUAGCAAGAGAUGACACAUUGUUUUGUCAAGACCAUUGCAAACUCUAUUAUGCAGAAUAUGUUAUACCGAAAGUAACAUGCCCUUCUGAUAUUGAUAGUGUAUAUGCAGAGUGUUUCUAUAAGAUUUAGUAGGCUUUAUUAGCCUGCUUUUAAUUGCGUUUAUUUAGAGUUUCAGUUCUAAUAAUGAGUUUGUGAACAAGUGGACGGUAAACUUAGCUUUUUGUUCCAUUCCUGAAUCAAAUUGUAAUGUUUAGCGCAGAGCUUUAAAGGGACAUGGUCACGAUUUUGGUCAAAUUUUAUUAUUCUGUUUUUAUUAUUCGCAAUGCUUUAAGAAUGCAUUUCUAAUGAUCAAAUGAAAUUUGGGUGCCAGUCGUUGAGGUUUAAGCAAGAUACAGGGCUUGCAAUUCUUAGUCAUGUAAACAAGGCUGCUCGUGCCCUGUUUUUGUUUAUAUAGGUUCAAUAUACCGGUAAAAAAUCUUUUUAAUCUUAUUAUUCAUUUAAGCAUAAAUUAGCAGAUCCUAACGAUUAACACAUUCAUUUACAUAGCGAAGAAUUGUAAGCUCUGUAACUCGCUUAUGACUCAUCAAAUGACACUCAAAUUUUGGUUGCCUAUUGAAAAUGCCUUACUGAAGCAUUGUAAACAUUAAAAUGAAAAAAAUAAAUAAUCAAAAUCGUGACCAUGCCCCUUUAAGUAUUGUUUCCCGAUGUCAUAUAUACAGAGAAAGCUGUGCUAAGCUAAGAAAAAGACAGUAGGGUAUAAAGGACAACAAUCUUAUGCAGUGAGAGAACCUCGACACCUAUUUGAACGAGACUUUUAGUAACUUCCAAAAACACAUGCAGGUCAUUAAUAAUACCCGAUGAUACCGCAUUCCUUGUUUAAAUAAAUGUAUCAUGUUAUAUUAUAUGCUCUUGCACAAUCGCUCUAUAUGUUGAAUUUGUUUAUUCUGUAUAUUUACAAAAUAAUACCUCUUUAUUACAUGAUAUAAUAGAAAUACAAUUGAUACAACUGCACCAUUAUAAAGUCUUUAUCAGAUUACAUCAACUUUACUUUAAAAUGUUCUUGUUUUUAUUAGUAUAAUUGAAAAUGAUUCUGGUAUCCAAACAAUCUGUAAAACACCAAACUCACCA